UACUUUUUUAUUGUGUGUAAAGGAAUCUGACCAGGAUGAGUUAUUUAAAGCCAUUUAUUUUCCUUUGUGUCUUCAUUGUGAAAUUGAAUUCAGCUACAGAUAGGCAUAACAAAAACAACAGGUUUAUCAUCGAGUCUAGAGGAGAUUUCACAGAUAAGUUGACACGCGGCUUACGUAAACUCAAAUUUAGCCUCUAUGUUCAGAUAACUUCGUCAGUAUACAUUUUUGAAUAUCAAGGAAAUGGAAAUGAGGAACAUGCAACAGAGCAGGUGAUGAAUAACUUUCGAGAUCAGAUUCAAGCUAUUGAGCUAACAAGAAUCUAUAACAAUACUUUAAAGCCAGUAAACGCAAAAACAGAUGGAACUGAAAAGAAUUGGAAUAAGGUAAUAAUUUACUGUUCAUAA